GACACACCUUGCCCUCGUGGACUUGUAUGUAAAUCACAGGUGGAAACCAGGAAAGGGACACACAGUAAAAGUAAAUAAAAAACAACAUCGAAACGAAUAAGAACCUGUCCGGAACCUUUGGAGUUCUUAACUGGAUUUUGAAGAUGACUACACAAUCGCAGAAUGUUGGUGUACAGAUUCAAAACCAGCUUAAUGAUGUGAUCAGCAGACUGCAAUCGAAACAAUGGUUCCAGUCAGACUGGGACAUUGCCUCCUUUGUCAUAUUCUUUGUCUUUAUUGGUGCUGUGCUUCUCCUCGUUAUUUUAGUACUUGUACGUUGCUGUUGUUGCUGUUGCUGUGAUACACCUAAAAAGCCAAGAAAAACCAAAAUAGGUGUUGACAACUUAGCAAUGGAGCCAUAAUAGUCAUCACAAGAAAACCUUGCUGAGAACAAAAGUCUUGUUGCUUAAACUUUCAUGUAAACUAUUGGUUGGCAUAAUGUAUAUAUUAUGUAGAAUUACAGAUUCAGCAAUGAUUUAUUUUAUUUGAUUAGGUUUUACAGUGGGGGGGGGGGGGGGGGGGGGGGGGGUAGUCCUAAUCUAUUUAAAGUAUUUUUAAUGUUUUAUUUCUUAUUUAUAUUGAGAAAAUGUCUAAAUAUAGUUACUUUUGAUUUUCUCUAAUAAUUCUUUGGUAAAUGAUUAUCAAGAUGCAUGUGUGAACAAACCUUCUCUUUCACCUCCUUUCAACUGGAUUUUAAAUUAACCUCAGCAUAUCUUAUUGAAAAACAAAGUUUGCACCUGACUAGUUUGAGGUCACAAAUGCCAAAUAUGUUAUGCCCACUUGAACUAUUAAUGUAAAUGUGAAUGUAUCUGAUCAACAUUUGUGCAAAUCAAUUCUGUACACAGCAGUGCCUUUUCAACAUAUAAAAGAUAAGUUUAUAUUUGAUAGAAAAGGGAACUAGAAGAUGAACAGUUUUAGUUCUGAGUUUACCUUUAAUAGCAUUUAGUUACGAUAUACAGUAGGUGCAAUUUAGGUAUUAACUAACCAAAGAAGUUCGAUUUGCUGAGUGGUUUCUUCUCAUUUGUGAAAUUUUAAAAGCUCUUUAAAGGUUGUCUCGGAUAAAAGUCUAAUAAAUCAGUAAAUGUUUCAAUACACCUUAGAUAUCCAGCAGUAUGCAAGUAAAUAAAUAAAUAUAUACACACACAUAAAAUAAGACAUCUAUUAUUGUAUUACAGCAUACAUUGAAUACAAGAAUUUACAGGUUUUAUUGCUGUGUUAACAUUUUCCAUUUUCUUACUGAGUAUAAACAAAGGAAAGUGGACUUUUCACAUAUUAUUUCAUUGCAAAAAAUUGUUUUGUAGUUUUAAAAUGUGCACCCUAGUAUAAUUUUAAUUAUGAAAACUAAAAUAUUUACUUCUAUGUAUAGCCUAGAGAUUUUUUUUGAUUUGUGAAAUCAUCAGGCUGUCACGCAGCGUUCUACUUGUUCAAAUGAAGAUUUUCAAUGUAGCCAUCAUACUGUAUGCUCAGAACAUAUUUAUCAGAUUAUCACUUUUCUGCUUUUGUGUAAAGAUACAGUGCAAUGUGUCUAAGUAAAAAAAAAAACAACAUGCCAUGAAACAAAAUGUAAUAUUAAUACGUUUUGUUUAUCAUGAUAAUUAUCUUUAGAGCAGACUCAAAAUAUCGUACUAGACUGGUAAUUCGAAUAAUGCCGUUGGUUUUGAGGAAGGAUAAUUGUCUGUACCAGUCAAAGGUCAAUUAUUUGGCAUUUUUAAUUUAGUUUAUACUGUAGUGAUUAGUGCAGAUACUCUUAUUUUUUUUGGUUCACUCUUCAUUAGCAUGGGAUUAAAGACAGGCAGUUCUGCCAUCAUGUCAGUUUCACUUGAAAGUAUUAACCUUAAAUUGUGGACUUCCUUAAGUCCAGACUCAAAGAACUAAUCAGCACAUCACUUUGGUAGUCAUUCUAGCAAAUGUGUUAUAUCUUCAAAACAUGCUAUGGCUUGCUGCCAAAAUAACAUUUACUUUGUUAUUAGCUCACAAAGUGACCCUGGCAUAAGACUUGGCAAGGUUGCAGGUACUUUGUUUCACAGUACUUUCAAAUAAUAAUGAUUUGUUUUCCUUGUAAUAUACUGAACACUUUUUUUAGCAUAACAUAAAACUAGGACCCAGAAUGCAGAAUACUGACUUUGUCAUUGACCUAUGUUUGUUCUUAAAUCAUCACUUCUUAGCAUCAAUCUAAUCCUUAACAAGUUGGGUGGGUUGUGAUUCAUAUCACAAACACAAUUGUUAAAACACAAUUAAAACAAGUCUAAAAUAUCAACAAUUGAUCUCUAUUAUUUAUGUCAUUCCUAGUUGGUUAACUCUUUGUUAUUAUGUAAUGAUUAAAGGGUAAUAUACGUGGUCUAUUUAAAAAAAUCCAAUUUGAAAUUGAGCUGCAUUAAUCUUGUUGUCAGAGGGAUGAAAUUCAUGGAAAUUAACAAGUAAAAAAAUCUACUUAAUUCUAGAUACACCAGUAUCAGAACUAAAAUAUUUUGAGUGUAAUCUACUGUAGGUGUUAGCCAAGUAAUAUAGGAAUUCUGUGCCAUUUCAGAACCUCCAUAGAUAUUUUAAAGUCUGAGAGUCCAGUAAAGAAAGGAGUUUCAGUAGAAUGUUGCCGAAAAGACCUGAGGAGCACUACGCUGCCUGUAAAUGCACAGCUUUUGUCAUCAUUUGCUUUGGAUUAAACUUCUGGGUGUGUCUUUGGAAAUGUUUACAGUAAAAUAAUCAUAAAAUGGUAAUGAUCAUUUCAUAUGGUAAGACAGUUUAUGAUCAGAGAUAAUGGUUGAGAUUAAACAUGAGGUUUGUAGAGUGCAAUUAUAUCAUUUAAAAUGAUCCACAGUUGUUAAAUGAAAUAAAAGCAUAUGAUGCUCAAUAUCUCACAAGAUUUUAAGAUGUGCCAUAUUGCCUGUAUUAAUUAUUUUCAUGAAUAAAGAUUCAUGCAUAUAUAAA